AGAAAAAUAAAAAUAAAAAGUUCCCAACUCGUUAUUUCCUCUCAGACUCACUCUCCGCUGCUCUCACAUCGGCAAAGCAAUCCUCCACCGACGUCAGCAAGCGAUCCUCCAUCGCGCACGCCUUUCCCUACCACGGUCAAGAAAUGACGGCCAUCUAAAAACUCCAUCUCCGAAGUCCUCACUGCGUGUUUCAACGGAAUGCUUCUGCAGGGUGUUUGAAUUACUUACUUAAGAGGCUAUAUUUGCUUAAGAGAUCAAGUCCACUAGAUCAAGUCACACUCCCUAUCCCACAACAAUUAGAGAUCAUGACUGUAGAAUUUGGGGUUGCAAAGGGCAAGAGGAUUCGAGGCUUGGGUUCUAGUCUCCGAGUGGAGAGUUCGCAUAGUGGUGGAGUUGCCUCUUCUUUUGCUACACAGCAAAAGGUUGAGGAACUUCAAGGCACAAUUGGUGAGUUGAAAGGCACAGUAAGUGAGCUUCAGGGCACAGUGGGUAAACUUUUGGAUGUCAUUGAGUGGAUGCGAACACAUGAUGGUCCUCUACCUUCACAUAUAGGUGUUCUGUCCUCGCAUGUUGGUGAUUCUCCUUGUGAUGAUGAUCAAGGGGGCUGGGAGAGGAUCUUAAUAGAGAAGGUUUGAAGAAAAUGCCUCUUCGUGUUGCCAAGAGACCUUCGAGAAGGAACAAGGGGAAGAUGGAGCUUCUUUUUUUUCACUGGAAGAUGGAAUAGUUUGAAUGUUAUUUUUGUAAUUUUAUUUGCUAUA